AUGAUGCAAGGCAUGUCCUUUCCUCCGCACCCGGCGGGCAUGCAACAAGGCGUACCCCACGGCCACCCAGGAAUGCCUCCUAACGCCCAGCACAUGGGCCAGCCGAUGCAGAUGCCUGGGGUCUCGGGUCCCGGUGCUCCUCACAUGGGCCAACCUGCCAUGAUGGGCAUGCAACCCGGCCAGCAGAAUAUGCCUCCCGGUAUGGGUCCCGGUCCGGGUGGUGGCAUGAUGCCGCAACAGUCUAUGGGCGGUCCCGGUGCAAACGCCAUGGCCAUGAGCCAUCUCAACCCCCAAACCCACAUGAUGCAGCAACACCACCAGCAGAUGCAGCAAGCAAUGGCCAACAAUCCUCAAUUGAUGAUGCAACAGCAGCAACACAUGGCUCGUCAGCGACAGAUGAUGGCAGCGCAACAAGCCCAGCAACAACAGCAACAACAAGCUCAGCAACAGCAACAGCAGAUGAACGGUAUGGGUAUGGGCAUGGGAAUCAACGGUCAUCCAGGCAUGAGCCCUCAGCAAUUUGCCCAGAUGCAGGCAAAUCCAGCCUUCCAACAAGCGCAAAUGGCCAAUCUCCCGCCUCAGCACAUGAUCCAGAUCCAACAGAUGCGCCAGAUGCAAGCCGCACAAGCUGCCCAGGCACAGCAACACGCCCAGCAGCAACAGCAGCAGCAGACGCCGCAUCCCCAGGGUCCUCAGGCGCCCGCAACACCCCAGAUGCAGCAACAGGCGAUGGCUCAGCACAUGGCAAUGCAGCACGCCUCAUCCCAGGCUUCCCAUCAGAGUGCUCCUCAGAACGGUCAGCCUACUGCACAACAGCCGCCCCCGGCUCAGAUGAGGAGCCAGUCGCAAAUCCCUUCUGUCACUGAAGGUCAGGGUCAGGCGCAACAGCUCUCUCAACCUCCUCAGCCUCAGCAGCAACAGACACCUCAAGGGCAACCUCAGCAACAGCAGCCUCAGCCGCAACAGGCGCAACAACAGCAGCCUCCUCAGCCCCCGAGUGCCCAUCCCACACCACAAAUGCAAGCACAACCGCUCCCUCAACAACCUCCCUCGUCGCAGCCUCAACAGCCCAACCAGCAAACUCCCCAGCAGCCGGGCUCUGCCCAAUCCCAAAACCAGUCGCAGAAUGCUCAACAGCAACAGCAGGCGCAGCAACAAGCUCAGCAGGCACAGCAGCAGCAGAUGCAGACGGCUCAGCAGCAACAGCAACGUCAGCAGAUGAUGAAUAUGAACAACAUGAACAUGAUGCGUCAACAGCAGGCAAUGGCUGCUCAACAACAACAGCAGCAACAGCAGCAGCAGCAACCGGGUCGCACGAGCAAUGGGCAAUUCAUCCUCAAGCUGAUUCAGUUCUCAGACCAUCUCAGCACCUUCAAUGCAAGUUCGCGUGAGGCAAAUUCCCAAGACCAUUGGCAAAAUUUCGUGAGCCAGUUCUGGACACCGGACGGCCGGCUGGUACAGCAUGUCCUUGACAACACGAAUUCAUCGACCAAGCAAUUCAUGAUCAAUGCCUCUUCGCUAGCACGAUACUACUGGACUUGGUUUGAUAGUGGUGUACAAAACAUCCAACUCCAGCUAGAGGGGGUCAGAGAAAUGCCUGCUCCCAACAAUGCUCAUUGGGUAACUUGCGCUCGUGCUCGCUACAUUUUCUGGUUUGCGAACAACACUCAAUUGAUCUGGCAAGGCAAGCUGACAGCCUCGUUCCCUAGCGGUAUGGACAAGUUCGAAUCUCUCGAAUUCGAAGUGUCCAAAACCGAGGAAUUCAUCCCGCGCUCCGAACUUGCGCGUGUCGUCGCCCAGGGCUCGCCCCUGAUGAACAAAAGUCCCAAGAUGCAUAGACAAACUCCGGCUAAGAAGGCAAUGCAAAAGGCACAAGGCGCUCUUCAGCUCGAAGACUUCCCCUCCGCCCCUGUCAACGAAUACGCCGUUACGCCCGCUGUUAUGCAAUACCUUGAGGUAGAUGUGCUUGUAGCGGAAACCAUCUUCUUCAUGAAGGACCUGAUGGAAUACUCCCAGAAGAACGAACUCCGACCACAUGACGCCAUGAACCAGAUGGUCGCUCAGAUGGAAGAACAGCAACAAUUCGGCCAGCCCCAGAUGAACCCUAUGCAACCCAACCACGCGCAGAUGGCUCUGCAGAGAAACGGAAUUGUUCAGCCCCUGCCUCAGGGUGCUGGUACACCUAUUCAGGCACACAUGCAGUUGCCUGGCCAAACGCCUAACUUCUCCUCGCCGUCAGUCCCCCACAUGAACUUGCCGAUGCAGCACCUGAACGGGCAACAGAUGAUGGCUAUGAAUGGCUCACCUCACAUUGCACACCCGGGUUUGCCGGGUGGCUCGUUGAUGGCUCCCAAUCACAUGAUGGGACCGAUGCAUCACUCCCCGAGCCCACACAUGGGUCCACCAAUGAUGGUGCCGCAGCACUCGCAGCAGGGCAACAACCCCAACAGUGCUCAUCAGUCCGCGUCGACAAGCCCAAACCUGAGCAGCAAGCGUCGGCGUUCACAAGUCAAGCUUGAAGGUGACGAAGGACUGGAAGGACCGCCUUCACAACGUAUGAAGCCCAGUCCAGGUCUCAAGAAGAAGUGA